AUGGGGGAAACGUACGACCCCACCUUUAGCUUGCCGCGGAUCCUGUGCCUCCAUGGCGGCGGCACCAACGCCUCCAUCUUCAAGAUUCAAUGCCGCAAAAUCGCCGAGGACCUCAAGGGCGAGUACCGUCUCGUCUACGUUGAGGCCCCAUUUCCUUCAGAGGCCGGCCCAGAUGUCAUGCAAGUCUUUGCAAAGGCCGGCCCGUUUAAGAGGUGGCUGCGCUUCGGCCCAGCUCACCCGGCCAUCACGGCGCAAAAGGCGGUCACUCGACUCGACCAGGCCAUCGAGGCGGCCAUGGCGGAUGAUGAUGAUCGCGGUGGAUGCGGUGCUUGGACGGGGCUGCUAGGGUUCAGCCAAGGCGCAAAAAUGUGCGCGAGCCUGCUAUACCGGCAGCAGAACCGGGCGACCGAUGCCGCUACCGUUGCGGCCGAUCGCGCGUCGCCGUUUAGGUUCGGCGUGCUGAUUGCCGGACGGGGACCGAUCGUGUCACUCGAACCGGAGAGGGUGGCGAAUGAGUCGCUGCCUAGCGCGGCGGACUUUUCGUCUACGAAGGAAAAUGGGCCAAACCGGAUGCAUGUGUUGAGGAUGCCAACAAUUCAUAUGCAUGGGUUGAAGGACCCCGGGUUGGAGGAGCAUAGGAAAUUAUAUAAUGAGUACUGCGAUCCGGAGACGAGAUCGCUGAUUGAGUGGGAUGCUGGACAUCGCUUGCCAGUAAGACCGGAUGAUGUGGCGCCGCUGGUGAAGGAAAUACGUAGGGUGGCACUUGAAACGGCGACAAAUAAAUGA